AUGUACGCAACCUUCACCUCAGGCACGACUGGCACUCCGAAAUCCAUCACCACCUCUCAUGACGCCUUUUACCACAUGGCCAUGGCUACAGCCUCCCCUUCUGCCUUGCACAUCUCGCCAUCUACCCGCAUGCUGCAGUUUGCCUCGUACACGUUCGACGUCGCAAACCUAGAUAUCCUCAUCCCGCUCAUGUUCGGGGGCUGCGUGUGCGUGCCCUCGGAGCGGGAGCGCGUCGAAAAUCUCGGCGGGUUCAUCGAGAGAACGGGUGUCACGCUGGCGAGUUUGACGCCGAGUAUGGCGGGAACGCUGCGGCCGGCUUCAGUUCCAAGCUUGAAGCGGCUUGUGCUCGGCGGAGAACAGAUGACGGAAUCGCACGUUCAGAGUUGGACGAGUGAUGAGGAUAACAAAGUGGUGCUCUUCAACGCCUACGGCGUUAGCGAAGCCACCGGAAUCGCAGCUCUUGCGCAGGAUGUCCGGCUCGGUGGUGAUUCCUCGCCCUCCAACAUUGGCCGUGGCAACGGUUGCACGCUUUGGGUUCUCUCCAUGAUCGACCCUUCCCGCCUGGCGCCCGUUGGCGCUCUGGGUGAGCUCGUUAUUGAAGGGCCAUCUGUUGCACGCGGGUACCUGAAUGACCCGGAGCGCACGGAAAGAUCCUUCCAGGCGGAUCCAGAGUGGAAGAGGGCUUUUCUCCAACGGCUUCCUGAGAAUACGAAUGGAGACGAGAAGGGUGAUAAGAGGUUCCCUUGGACAAGAGCGUUUCGGACGGGUGAUUUGUGGGCAGAAGAGAUCAUCAGGUGA